AUGGCUUCCAGAAAGGUAAAAAAUCAUAGAAUUUUAUUUCAAGAUAAAAUUGAAGAUAACUCCUCUAAAAAAUUCGGCACUGGGAAAUAUAAUCGUAAAGCGCUAGAUGCUAUAUUAAAAUGUGAAUUUUGGGUGGAAGAACAAAUCAGAGAAUUAUAUCACGUAGAGGACUACAAAGAAUUACCUGUACAUAUUGAUGUCUAUGCUCUGAUGGAUAUAACGGAUUCAACCCGGCAGCGAAAUGCAAUCGAAGCCCAACUCAGAAAAUCGCCUUCCCCAAAGGAGAAUUUCGUCAACGUUUUAAUGGGUAAACUUGAAGAGUUACAUCAUUUAAAUAACUGA